CCCGCAUUCGGAGGACAGUCAGGUGGUCCUGAGGUGGUCUGCUGAUACUCAUCGCAUACGAAAAUAGGGCCGUUCUAAUCGCUUUUAAGCAAAGAACCUCGUCUAAAAUCAAGACAUGUGACACCGUAUUUGAUAAAACAGACAGACUGAACCAAAACAUGUCUGGGAUGAAGUACCAGCUGUCUCUGCCGGUGACGGUGGGCGUGUUGCUGGUGGGCCUCCCCUACUCCAUCUCACUGGCUGCUCAGUGGCUUUACGGCUGGCCCAACAAGCCGGGCUAUAAGAAAUACACCGAAGCUCUAAAGCCAAGGCGAAUCUACUGUCUGACCAUAGCUGUGCUAGAAAGUCUGAAAUACCUGCAGUAUGGGAGACUUUACAUCCAGCUGAAGUCGUGGUAUAAGAACGAAGACAAUCGAAAGCACUUCGAAAAGGGAAUCACAUUUGGCCGCAGAGGCAACAAGUUGGACCUGUACCACCCUCCAAACGCUGGCAAGGCUCAAGGUGCUCCUGCCCCUCUGGUGGUUUUCAUCUACGGAGGAGGGUGGGGCUCAGGUGAAAGGUCCAUCUACUGUUUACUGGCCAGGCGGAUGGCUGAGGAGCUGCGUGCAACUGUCAUUUGUCCUGAUUACUGGACAUAUCCAAAGGGGAAUGUUUUAGGGAUGGUCCAAGAUGUUGCUGACUGUUUGGUUUGGGCCCAAGAGAACGGACGGACGUUCAACUUUGACACAGAAAAGGUUGUGUUAAUCGGUCACUCAGCAGGCGCACACCUGUGUGCACUGACCACACUGUUCCUCAUCGAUGAAAGAGAAGAGCUCUUCAUCGAGUUGAGCCAGCAGCGGGACGUCACUCUGUCGAUCAGAGGGAUCAUUGGCCUGAGUGGCGUCUAUGACAUCAUGGACCACUAUGUGUACGAGCAGAAGCGUGCGGUGGAGUACGUGUCCACCAUGCACAAAGCCAUGAACGGAGUGGAAAACUUCCAAUACUACUCUCCCACACACCUCCUGAGGGACCUGAGCCAGGACAAACUCAGCAGAGUGCCUCAGAUGGCUUUGCUCCAUGGGACCAAUGAUGUAGUGGUUCCCCACGAAGCUUCCGCCAAGUUCUCGGAGCUCCUCACCUCGCUGUCUCUGAAGGUCUCGCUGUACCUGCUCCCAGACCUCAACCACACGGAGAUCGCCACCAACCUGAUGGCCUCGGACGGGCGCUUCUACCACCCCAUCUACAGCUGCAUCAAGCAGGAGUUCACAAAACUUCUGGACAACUGCUGACAGCAGACAAACAGCCGCGCCUCACUGAUAUUUACCUACUGUGCCAUGAAUCCACUUAUUCCAAACUGUGUCUGCAUAGAUACAGUUUAGUAUCUUCUACAGAAUUGGUGUAUCAUCUGGAAUUCAACUUUUCUUUUUUCUUUUUUUUUCCUAUUUUUGGAAGAAAACAAUGUAAUAUUAAUUGAGUGACUAAAUGUUGUAUAAUGAUAGUAAAAAAACAAGUGAAAUAACUAUAUUGAGCUACUGUUAUUCAGAUGAAGUGAAAUGAGUAAAUGUGAAGUGAAAUUACAGUGUUAUAAAGAAGGAAACAUAAGCAUUGUAUGAUGAUGAAAGUGUUAUAUUAACCCUAACCCUAUGGAAGUUUUUUUGUAGUUAUGAUCAUCUAAAACCUUUUUUUCAAUUAUUGUGUCAGCCAUUUUAAUUUACUAUUUAUUGACAUGAAGUGUAGACUGCAAUAAACCUACAU